GCUCUGGAAGAUAAUGAAUUUUGGAUUAGGCACUUGCUUGGGCUUGGAUUUCAAGUUGGCUCUACUGCCUAUGUCUUUGUUAAGUCCCUCCCGAGGAACAAGCUUUGGCUCCCAACCAUACUAGUGUUAAUGGCAGGAAUAAUCAAAUAUGCAGAAAGGAACCGUGCCUUCUAUCUUGCAAGCCUUGACCAUCUUGGCGAUGAUUGGUUACCAAGUGAAUGGGGAGAUGAAAUUCCGGUUCCAGCAGAAUUCCAGAAGAUGGACAGCCCGGAAAAAUUUGAGCAAAGUCAGGAGCAAAUGCUAUUAUGGACUGCAGUUCACCACUUUGGAACAAUCAAGAUGAUGCUUGUAGGCCCUCUUUUAUCUCCAGAUCAAUGCUCUGAGAUCAGAGAAACCUUUCUCCAAGUGGGAGAUUCAUCUCAAGUGUUGCAAAUAAUGGAAAUUGAGCUAAGCCUCUUGUAUGAGGUUCUUCACACCAAGUUGCCUGUGGUUGGUUGCAUGAUGGGAUACAUUUUCAGGUUCAUUAAUAUGUGUUGCAUUUUGGUAGCGUUUUUGUCUUUCUCAUUAUUUAAGAAGUAUUAUCUACUGAAGCAGUUAGACAUGUGGCUAACCUAUGGUUUGCUAAUCUGGGCCUUUGUGUUGGAUAUCAUAUCUAUUGUAUUGCUCAUCUCCUCCGACUGGAUUUUGGCUGCUCACAUCCAGAAUACGAAGUCGAGAUUCUUCAAGAAGCGCAGGUGGUCUAGAGCAGUUUCCCAGUUGAAUUUUAUUACUUAUUAUGUUAAUGAUUAUCCAAGUCUAUUGAAGGAAGUUGCUGAUUUUCUUCGCAUAAGGGGUUUGUUGGAAGAUAUAAAAGGAAUCCGAUGUCUGUCUUCCAAAGAUUUCAAAGAAGAUCCAGAAUGGCGCUUCAUUUUUGAGGAAGUGAAAGAAUUGAAUGAGUUUUUGAAUGGUAAAAUGGCAGGCCCGUCUCAGACUGUGCUAGACACCAAGCAAGUUUGGUUAUAUAGUCGUGAACGAGUUCUUCAAGGUUUUUCCAAUUCUAAUGAGCUCAUGAAGAUUGUGGGGGAGUUAGAUUACACAAAAAGUGUGCUAACAUGGCAUAUAGCCACUGAAUUAUGCUUCCAAGGAGUAGACCAAACGUCUACAUCAGGGAAUGUGAGUAUAAGUCACAGAGAAUUUUGCAAGCUGCUCUCAGAUUAUAUGUUUUACCUACUAAUAAUGCAGCCAGCCAUUAUGGCAGCUGUUUCAGUGAGUUGGAAAAAGGUGUUCGAAGAAACUUUGGCAGAGACCGCGUUAUAUGUAAGAAGGAGCUCAAUCUCAAACGAUGAGGAUGCUCGAAAAAAAAUCCUUCAACUGAUCCCAAAUUUCAGGAAUCCAGAAAGGGAUAUAAGUAGAUCGGUGUUAUUUGCUGCAUCUGAGCUUGCCAAACAACUGAAGAAGUCUAACAGUACUCCUUGGGAGCAAAUGAGCAAAGUUUGGGUACAUUUAAUGUGUUUUGCUGCUAUGAACUGCAGGCCACACGUCCAUGCACAGCAACCUAGUAAGGGCGGUGAACUUCUCACAUUCGUUUGGUUGCUCAUGAAUCAUUUGGGACUUGGGACUCACUUUUCAAGCCAUUACUGAUGCUACAUAGUGAAUUUGAUGAAAACUGCUUUCAGCGUAGUUUUAUCUUUCUUUGUAUAACUAGCUACUUGUUGCUGAUGAUGGACUUAUGUAAUCAGUUGUUUUAGUUUCUACGAAUGAUAUCACAUCUUUGCCCCCAUGAGUAUAGCUUCGAGCUACUAAUUUUCACUUGUAAUUAAAAUUUCAGUACUGGA